UGACUCGCCGCGGAUUAUAUUGAAGCCUCGGCUGCAGGAAGCGACAGAGCCGGCGCCGAGGAGUCACCGGAGUGCGGUCCGUGAGAGAGAGAUAGAGUGAGAGAGAGACACAGAGAGAGAGAGACAGACAGAGAGAGAGAGAGAGAGAGAGAGAGAGAGAGAGAGAGUGAGAGAGAGACACAGAGACACAGAGAGAGAGACAGAGAGAGAGAGAGAUAGAGAGAGAGAGAGAGAGAGAGUGAGAGAGAGACACAGAGAGAGAGAGAGACAGACAGAGAGAGAGAGAGAGAGAGAGAGGGAGAGGGAGAGAGUGAGAGAGAGACACAGAGACACAGAGAGAGAGACAGAGAGAGAGAGAGAUAGAGAGAGACACAGAGACACAGAGAGAGAGACAGAGAGAGAGAGGGAGAGGGAGGGAGGAAUCGCGCACCCUCGCCCGGCAUCCCGAUUCCGGCGGGACCUCUGUCUCCAGCGAGCCGUCGAUCCGGGCUGCCGGCCCGGUUACUGAACGCGGAAUAUGGACGAUAAAAAGCAGUCCCGUUUGACGAUACGUUUGAUCUACGCUGUUCUUGUGGCUGUCAUUGGCUCCCUGCAGUUUGGCUACAACAUCGGGGUUAUCAAUGCCCCCGAGACGAUUAUCAAGGAGUUCUACAACCAGACCUACCACAGCCGGACGGGCUCCUGGCUGUCGUACACCACGAUGACCCAGCUGUGGUCGGCCUCCGUCUCCAUCUUCUCCGUGGGCGGAAUGAUCGGCUCCUUCUCGGUCGGGGUCUUUGUCAAUCGCUUCGGGAGGAGGAACUCGAUGCUGAUGGUCAACGUAGUUGCGGUCCUGGGCGCCCUCUUAAUGGGCCUGUCGAAGGCGGCCGGCUCCUUCGAGAUGAUCAUCCUGGGCCGCCUCAUCAUCGGCGUCUACUGCGGCCUGGCCACCGGCUUCGUGCCCAUGUACGUUGGCGAGAUCUCCCCCACCAACCUGAGGGGGGCCUUUGGUACCAUGCACCAGCUGGGUGUGGUGAUCGGGAUCCUCAUCGCGCAGAUCUUCGGGCUGGAGGUUCUGCUGGGAAGCGUUCGCCUCUGGCCCCUGCUGCUGGGCUUCACGGCGCUACCCUCGCUCGUCCAGUGCGUCCUCCUGGUGUUCUGCCCCAAAAGCCCCCGCUUCCUGCUCAUUAACCGCAACGAGGAGGAGGAGGCGCGGCAGGUGCUGCAGCGUCUGUGGGGUGUCGGGGACGUGGACGAGGACAUUGCCGAGAUGAAGGAGGAGAGCCGCAAGAUGUCUCUGGAGAAGCGGGUGACCCUGCGGGAGCUGCUGCGCUCCCCCCUCUACCGGCAGCCCCUCAUCGUGGCCGUGGUGAUCCACCUCUCCCAGCAGUUCUCCGGCAUUAACGCCGUCUUCUAUUACUCGACCAGUAUCUUCACCAAAGCCGGGGUGAAACAGCCCAUCUACGCCACCAUCGGUACUGGACUGGUGAACACGGCCUUCACUGUCGUCUCUCUGUUCCUGGUGGAGAGGGUGGGCCGCCGGACACUCCACCUCAUCGGUCUGGGGGGAAUGGCCGUCAGUACCGUGGUCAUCACCAUCGCUCAGGUCCUGCAGGAACGGGUGCCUGACCUCAGUUACCUCAGCGUGGUGUCUGUCUUCUGCUUCGUGGCCCUCUUCGAGGUGGGGCCCGGCCCCAUCCCCUGGUUCAUCGUGGCCGAGCUGUUCAGCCAAGGGGCCCGGCCGGCCGCGGUGGCCAUCGCCGGCUGCACCAACUGGACCUCGAACUUCAUGGUAGCCAUGUUCUUCCCCUUCGUCGAGAACGUCUGUGGCCCCUACGUCUUCAUCAUCUUCCUGGUGGCGCUUGUCAUCUUCUUCGUCUUCACCUACUUCAAGCUGCCCGAGACCAAGGGCCGCACCUUCGACGAGAUCAGCUCCUCGUUCCGCGCCGGCAUCGAGCUCCCGCCCGUCGAGAAGUCGCCCAUGGUCGAGCUGGGGGGUCUCAGCGUCACACCCGGCUCCCCGAACCCUGCCACGCAGGUCCCGUCCGGGGUCUCCGCCACGUAGGGACGGGAGACUUCGCUACUCGCCCCUUCCUGCUGUCAUCCUCACUUCCACACUCAGGUUCCUUGGGUAUAACCUCCAGGGGUUGCUGUUCCCCACCCUCAUCCCAUCCCCUGCCCUCCCCUCCCCUCGAAGCUCGCUCUCCGGGAAUGCAACGCCCAAUGCACGUUCUCUGUACAAUGUGUCUGUCUUAGCAAAGUGUAGGGCCGAUUCGCCAAGUAUCUGUCACGUUUUGUCUGUGUCCGACCCCGAGAGUGUGUGAUGGGACGGUGUGGAGGGAGAUUCACUCUGUGUCUGACCCCGGGGGUGUGUGAUGGGACGGUGUGGAGGGAGAUUCACUCUGUGUCUGACCCCGGGAGUGUGUGAUGGGACGGUGUGGAGGGAGAUUCACUCUGUGUCUGACCCCGGGAGUGUGUGAUGGGACGGUGUGGAGGGAGAUUCACUCUGUGUCUGACCCCGGGAGUGUGUGAUGGGACGGUGUGGAGGGAGAUUCACUCUGUGUCUGACCCCGGGAGUGUGUGAUGGGACGGUGCGGAAGGAGAUUCACUCUGUGUCUGACCACGGGAGUGUGUAAUGGGACGGUGAGGAGGGAGAUUCACUCUGUGUCUGACCCCGGGAGUGUGUGAUGGGACGGUGCGGAAGGAGAUUCACUCUGUGUCUGACCACGGGAGUGUGUAAUGGGACGGUGAGGAGGGAGAUUCACGCUGUGUCUGACCCCGGGAGUGUGUGAUGGGACGGUGUGGAGGGAGGUUCACUCUGUGUCUGAUCCGGGGGGUGUGUGAUAGGACGGUGCGGAGGGAGAUUCACUCUGUGACUGACCCCGGGAGUGUGUGAUGAGACGGUGCGGAGGGAGAUUCACUCUGUGUGUCUGACUCCGGGAGUGUGUGACGGGACGGUGCGGAGGGAGAUUCACUCUGUGUCUGACCCCGGCAGUGUGUGAUGGGACGGUGUGGACGGAGAUUCACUCUGUGUCUGACCCCGGGAGUGUGUGAUGGGACGGUGUGGAGGGACAUUCACUCUGUGUCUGACCCCGGGAGUGUGUGAUGGGAUGGUGCGGAGGGAGAUUCACCCCCUGUCCGACCCCGGGAGUGUGUGAUGGGACGGUGCGGAGGGAGAUUCACUCUGUGUCUGACCCAGGGAGUGUGUGAUGGGACGGUGCGGAAGGAGAUUCACUCUGUGUCUGACCCAGGGAGUGUGUGAUGGGACGGUGCGGAGGGAGAUUCACUCUGUGUCUGACCCCGGGAGUGUGUGAUGGGACGGUGCGGAGGGAGAUUCACUCUGUGUCCGACCCCGGGAGUGUGUGAUGGGAUGGUGUGGAGGGAGAUUCACUCUGUGUGUCUGACCCCGGGAGUGUGUGACGGGACGGUGCGGAGGGAGAUUCACUCUGUGUCUGACCCCGGGAGUGUGUGAUGGGACGGUGUGGAGGGAGAUUCACUCUGUGUCCGACCCCGGGAGUGUGUGAUGGGACGGUGUGGAGGGAGAUUCACUCUGUGUCUGACCCCGGGAGUGUGUGAUGGGACGGUGUGGAGGGAGAUUCACUCCGUGUCUGACCCCGGCAGUGUGUGAUGGGACGGUGUGGAGGGAGAUUCACUCUGCGUCUGACCCCGGGAGUGUGUGAUGGGACGGUGCGGAGGGAGAUUCAGUCCGUGUCUGACCCCGGGAGUGUGUGAUGGGACGGUGUGGAGGGAGAUUCACUCUGUGUCCGACCCCGGGAGUGUGUGAUGGGACGGUGCGGAGGGAGAUUCACUCUGUGUCUGACCCCGGGGGUGUGUGAUGGGACGGUGUGGAGGGAGAUUCACUCUGUGUCUGACCCCGGGGGUGUGUGAUGGGACGGUGCGGAGGGAGAUUCACUCUGUGUCUGACCCCGGGAGUGUGUGAUGGGACGGUGCGGAGGGAGAUUCACUCUGUGUCUGACCCCGGGAGUGUGUGAUGGGACGGUGCGGAGGGAGAUUCACUCUGUGUCUGACCCCGGGAGUGUGUGAUGGGACGGUGCGGAGGGAGAUUCACUCUGUGUCCGACCCCGGGAGUGUGUGAUGGGACGGUGCGGAGGGAGAUUCACUCUGUGUCUGACCCCGGGAGUGUGUGAUGGGACGGUGUGGAGGGAGAUUCACUCUGUGUCUGACCCCGGGAGUGUGUGAUGGGACGGUGAGGAGGGAGAUUCACUCUGUGCCUGACCCCGGGAGUGUGUGAUGGGACAGUUUGCACUGUGUCCAACCCCCUCUGUCCACUUCCCAAAUGCCUGCUCAAAAUGUCAAAGUCGAUGUCUCGUCUGUGCGUUGGUUAGGGUGAAUUCUGUGUCUGAGAACAGUUACAUGUGUGGCCCGUGUUCCCUCACGAGGUCUGUCUGUCGUUGCUUUUUUUAAAAAAAAUUUUACAGAUUAAUUUAUUGCCUGAGUAGAGAGUUUUUUUUAAAAAUAUUACGUAUUUAAUAUGAGGAAGUGAUCACUGUGGAGUUGAACCCUGUGCGAGAGUUGGAUGUGAUUUGUUUGAGAACUGUUGUGCCAUUUUGUCUGAAAUCUGUGUAAAUACCUCAGCUACGUUGAAAUAAAAAAAAAAA